UUAGAAUGUCUCUUGCAGAGUCACACUUAAAAAUACAAAGAUAAAAAUACAAAGACUUAAAAAUUUAUACUAAACAGAACUAAUUUCUCUCUGAUCCUAACAUGUCUUACAAAAUUAAACUAACGUAGUUUCGUGAGCGUGUUUGAACAUCACUGUACAACCUAAUAGCGAAUGGUUUACAAGUACCAGUCUACUUUACUGGAAUAUUCUGAUUUAUUUAUACAGUGACUCUCAGAUAAAAUAUUUAUGAAUACAUUAAGUACUCCGACACACCAUAAUGCCCGAGGAAGACCUGAAUCUUAUUAUGGCUCAACUAUGACAACCAUUAAGUAUUAAAGGGAUCGAGAUGAAAACACAGUAUUGUCAUAGUUUACAUUAUGGCAAUAAAUAUUAACGGUUUCCUCCAUGGUUUGACAACACAUGCCAAGGGACUCUAAAGCCCUUUAUUAAAACAUAACAUAUGAGAUUUCAUAGAAAUUUACCCAUUUUCGCACUAAAUUAUCAGAAUGGUGAAGAACAUCCAUGUACAUUAUUGUGCCAUGUGAAUCAAAAUUCAGAUUACGUAACAUCCGAACUGGUGCAUCCACUGCAGUUAUGCCCCAUCCCCGUAGAUAUAACGUACGACAUGAAAUACUGAUAUUUUGCAAAGACCAAAUACAGUAAGUAUGCAUACAUUGUGUUGUGCAAUAACGACCUAUCACGCAAAUUUCCUGAUGUUAGACCAUCGUUUUCGUUGAUAGACAGGCUAGCGAGUUGAUUCCGACGAAGUCGCAAUUUUAUUAACCAACAACAUAAUGCUUCGCUGAAUUGUUUCCAUUAACUAUAACUUGUUUAUUUCAUUACGUUAUAGAGUACCAUACAUAUAUAUGAGGAACCGGAAUUACUAGAACAAGAUACAGGUAACGGUUGCUACCUUACUUUUAAAUAGGUCAGCAUUUUAUACAGUAUUGUUCCGAGAAAGAUUGCUUCAUUCUUAGUUUUUUUCUGCAUAAUACUUAUAUAUCAGAGUCUGGAGAGGGCAUUUUAAUAAAUAUCCCGAUUCCGAACUCCCCGCAUCUAGCGUACUAACCGCAUCCGAAGAGUUGACAAACGUUUACGGAAUAGCAUAGCAGCACCCCCCGCCAAACUCCCCUCCCGAGUCCGCGAGCUUCCCAAAUCCAUCAUCCAUUGGUCUCCUGUAAACCAAUCCAGACAAAUCACCAGGUGGUUGCGUCCCACUGGAUCUAGGUCCUGGAUCUUUAUUCGCUGCAGGUGCCCAGAAUGCCCGCCUCAGUUCGGCUCGCCUCACCUGAUUGGGUGACGGGAACGCCCGUCUGUGGGCUCUGGGAGACGCACGAGUUCAUACAGAGCUCGAGCUGGAGUGAAAUCAGUUCGGAGUUUCAGACGCGUAGCGGGAGCGCAGCUGGUCUGAUGCGCGAGCCAGUGAGACCCACAGCGGAGAUGUGGCCGGACUCCGAUUGGCUCUGAUAAAUAUUUUUUUUUUUCCAUUUAGAGGUUGCCCAUUAUGAACAUGGCAGAGCAAUCGGCUGCAGUGCCCACUCCAAAGAUGGCGGCGCUUUGCCGGGUUCGAGCCCUGACACUGGUUUUCUUGACUGUCAGCGGCUGUUUGGGUAGCUCGUCAAGUAGCAAAGAGGGAGUCGAAGAGACUGUCAUCAUAGGUCUGAGACUGGAGGACACGGAUGACGUUUCCUUUAUGGACAGGGGCUAUCUGCGGGUCAGCGAGAGGUCCCGUGUCAAGUUGAGGGUAUAUGGGCAAAACAUUAACAACGAGACAUGGUCCAAAAUCGCCUUCACAGAACACGAGAGAACUAGAGUCAUCGGUAACAUUGACAAUUCAUUCGGGGACAACAAGAGCAAAGAAGAUGUAUCCAGUUUCCAUCCUUGCGGCAUCAGGACAUCGGAUAUUAUAAUUUUGCCCAGUAUAAUUGUGAAUAGGAAAACGUCGGGGAUAGUUGAAAUUGAAGUGAAGCCCCUCCGCAAAACCGAGAGGAGCAAAGCUUACUACCUGUGCAUCGCGACCUCAACGCCCGCGGUGCCGGGGGUCCAUGACCCUUGGACCGAAAACACCUGGAUCUAUCACGAUGGACACGACACUAAAGUGAUCGUGGUGGAGGAGAAGAAGUUUCUGUUGCCGUUCUGGCUGCAAGUGAUCUUCAUCGCUAUGCUGCUCUGUCUGUCCGGCAUGUUCAGCGGGCUGAAUCUGGGGCUGAUGGCCCUGGAUCCCAUGGAGCUCCGGAUAGUUCAGAACUGCGGCACCGAGAGAGAGAAGAAUUACGCGAAGAAGAUCGAGCCGGUGCGGAGCCAGGGGAACUACCUUCUCUGCUCGCUGCUUUUAGGAAACGUGUUAGUUAAUACCACCUUGACUAUAUUGCUGGAUGAUAUCGCUGGCUCUGGAUUGAUCGCCGUCGUUGUGUCAACGAUUGGGAUAGUUAUAUUCGGCGAAAUAGUUCCGCAAGCAAUAUGUUCCAGGCAUGGCCUUGCGGUCGGUGCCAAUACCAUAUUUCUCACCAAAUUCUUCAUGCUGCUCACUUUCCCUGCCUCGUACCCGGUGAGCAAGCUGCUAGAUUACCUUUUGGGACAGGAGAUAGGAACCGUGUACAACCGAGAAAAACUCCUGGAGAUGCUGCGGGUGACGGAUCCUUAUAACGACCUGGUGAAAGAGGAGCUUAACAUUAUUCAGGGUGCCUUGGAGCUCAGGACGAAGACCGUGGAGGAUGUGAUGACUCCCCUGCGCGAUUGCUUCAUGAUUGCGGGAGACGCGAUCCUGGAUUUUAACACCAUGUCGGAGAUCAUGGAGAGCGGCUACACGCGGAUCCCGGUUUUCGAGGGCGAGCGGUGCAACAUCGUGGACCUGCUCUUCGUCAAGGAUCUGGCUUUCGUGGACCCCGAUGACAGCACGCCUUUAAAGACCAUCACAAAGUUCUACAGCCACCCCUUGCAUUUUGUGUUCAAUGACACUAAGUUGGAUGCGAUGCUGGAGGAGUUUAAAAAAGGAAAGUCCCACCUGGCCAUUGUUCAGCGGGUGAACAAUGAGGGAGAGGGCGAUCCAUUCUACGAGGUCCUGGGCAUCGUCACUCUGGAAGACGUUAUUGAGGAAAUCAUCAAGUCGGAGAUCCUCGAUGAGACAGACCUGUAUACUGACAACAAAACUAAGAAGAAGAUCACUCAUCGAGAGAGGAAGCAGGAUUUCUCAGCUUUCAAGCCCACAGACAAUGAGAUGAAGGUUAAAAUAUCACCUCAACUUCUACUGGCUACGCUGCGUUUCCUAGCAACAGAAGUGGAUCCCUUCGGGCCCACCCACAUGUCCGAGAAGAUCUUGCUGCGACUUCUCAAGCACCCCAGCGUCGUCCAGGAGUUAAAGUACGACGAGAAGAACAAGAAGAUGGCCGAACAUUACCUCUUCCACCGCAACAAGCCCGUGGAUUACUUCAUCCUCAUCAUGCAGGGGAAGGUGGAGGUAGAAGCGGGAAAAGAAGGCAUGAAGUUCGAAGCUGGGGCGUUCUCCUACUACGGGAUGCUGGCACUGACCACCUGUCCAGUUCCUCUCUCACUCUCUCGCACCUUCGUGGUGAGUAGGGCGGAGUCUCUGGCUGGAUCUCCAGAGAGUAAGUCCCCACCGAGGCCUUUCGGGCUGAACCAUUCGGACUCGCUGAACCGCGGCGAGCGUCUGGACGCCGGGACACCCACGUUGGGUAGCAGCAACAACCAGCUGAACGCCUUCCUGCAGAUCUACGUGCCGGACUACUCCGUCCGGGCCGUCAGCGACCUGCUAUACAUCAAGGUCACCCGCCAGCAGUACCAGAACGCCCUCAUGGCAUCCCGUAUGGACAAGACGCCUCAGUCCUCGGACGGCGAAUACACCAAAAUCGAACUGACUCUCACAGAACUUCAGGACGGUUUGCCAGAGGAGACGGCGAUCCUGUUGAACCAGCAGCAGAACUGUUUGGCGCACGCCAAACCCAACCACACUAUGCACAAUGAGGGCGCCAUCUAGCGCCGGGGAGGGAGUACUGCACACGUAUCAUUCACUUUUCCCCGUGUCCUGUGCCCUACCGUGGUGGGAACUUGCAGUGCCUGGGGCCAGGCUUCAUACCUUCUCCGAAUCCCGGAUGGACCAGACGCAAGGCCCCAAACCAAAGAGUCCGGUCCCUCUUAUCUUUUCAGGGAGGAGAAAACUGGACUGAACAAGCAAAACAGCACGAGCGAAAACUGUGAGUCAAGACUGUUCCAAAUAUCGCUUCUAUGGCAACCAGGAACCAAGAAUGUUUUUGUGUAUUUAUUUAUUUUAUGUAUGUGUGUAUGUAUGUACAUUCACACAUACUUCCGCAUACAUUCGUGUAUGUGCACGUGAGGGUGUUUUACAGAUGUAUUAUUACAGAUCUUAUCCCUACUGUACAUGAUAAAUCAGGCUUAUGGUACAAUAUCUCUUUACAUCUUUUUAAAGUGAGGUUUGAAUUAUUUUCCCUGUUUAAUCAUAUUAUUGUCUUACCAAGUGCAAUGGACCACAAUUUACGUAGAGUAUGAUUUGAAUGAUUGUUACAUGUUAUAAAUGUCCUUUUUUUAUGCAAUGUAGUUUCUGUCCACAGGCAAUCAAACUCACGGUUUCUUGCCACUUCUGCUACGUCAGCCGCGAGAGAUCGAUUGUGAUCCCCGCUUUAUGACCAUAAUCUGGAGAUGGCACUUAUAGUGCGAGCACGGUCCCCCCUCCGGUCGCUACACGGCCCUAAACCUGGUCCGGU